AAAAAUAAAAAAUAUAAAGCAUAGAAAAUAAUUACGACGAAGUAAUAUAGAUUUCAAUUUCAUCAUCAUCGUGUCGGAGGCCAAAGGGCAAUCCCACCACCAUGUACGGCGGACCUUCCUCCAAAUUAGGCCGCGGCGGCGGCCCAAAACGUCUCCGCAAUUCAUUCCCCCCUCCUCCACGUCACCGUCCACCUUCCUCCGCCAAUUCUCGUCUCUCCCUCGGUGGCUCCGCCAAUAAACCGCCACCGGCGGUGGAGGAAACUUUCAGCCUUGUAUCUGGAAGCAAUCCCCCCGCUUUCUCUAUGAUCAUAAGACUUGCUCCAGACCUUGUUGAAGAGAUCAAGCGCGUGGAAGCACAAGGUGGCACUGCGCGUAUGAAAUUUGAUCCUAACCCAAAUAAUCCCAAUGGAAAUAUUAUUGACUUAGGUGGGAAGGAGUUCAGAUUUACGUGGUCGAGGGACGGUGAUCUAUGUGAUAUUUAUGAACAGCGCCAAAGUGGUGUAGAUGGAAAUGGGUUGCUUGUUGAAUCUGGGUGUGCCUGGCGCAAAGUGAAUGUACAACGUAUCUUGGACGAGUCAACUAAGAAUCGCGUCAAAAUGCGGUCCGAGGAAGCCGAACGCAAGCUGAAGUCACGCAAAGCCAUUGUCUUGGAGCCUGGGAAUCCGUCCAUGAAGAGCCAGUCAAAGGCAUUGGCAGCUGUUGAGGCUACAUCAUGGAAGAAUUACACUAAAAAGAAAGAGGCUUCACUUAAGAAAAAGAAAGCGGAAACUCUUCAAGUUGGAGGCCCCUCAAAAACCACUCAGAGAUCUGGAUUGAUGUCAACAAGUGCUACUGCUAAGGGCAAAUGUUCUUCUCCUCUUACAUCUUCACCUGAUCAUUUUGCUCCUUCUUCCUCUCCACGGGGAGCUUUAAAUAACUCUAAAAGCCUUGAUGAUGCUGUGCCAUCACAAAUGACUGACAAGCAAGAUACCAAUGCUGUCGCUGAGAAAGAAAUCCCUACCAGGACAAGCAAUGUUAUGAGGAACAAACCAGGAGGCAAAGGAAAUAAUGGAUCUAAACCAAUAGAUUUGCAGAGCAUGUUAACUUCUCUCCUAAAGGAUAAGCCUAACGGAAUGACUUUUAAGGCCUUGGAGAAAGCAGUCAGCGACAAACUUCCCAAUUCCAUAAAGGAUCUUGACACCAUUAUAAAAAGAAUUGCAAAAUAUCAUCCUCCUGGAAAGUACAUUUUAAAGACAGCGAUGGAUUUGGAAAGCUCCAAGAAACCUCAGACUGAAAGUGGAAGUUCGCCUGAAGAAAAUCAUAACCAAACACCUGCCCGUGAAGAGUUUCAUAAUCAGACAUCAGCUCCACAUGGAGGUGUCGAAGAGAAAGUUCCAAAUGACGAUUUGGUGGAAACAAUUCAAGUAAAAUCCCCAGUAGAAGAAGAAUCAAACACAUUGGAAAAAAUUGACAUCCAACAUGCUUCACCUGAUAUAUUUGGUGACAAAAAAGGUUCUGAUUUUAGUGAAGGGAGGGCAGGCAGCUCUAGUGCUAGUGGAAGUGAUAGUGAUAGUGAAAGUAACAGUAGUGACAGUGGAAGCGACAGUGGAAGCCAUAGUAGGAGCAGAAGUAGAAGUCCAGCUGGAUCAGGGAGUGGGAGUAGUAGCGACAGUGAAAGUGAUGCAUCAUCCACCAGCAAGGAGGGAUUGGAGGGUUCUGAUGAGGACGUCGAUAUUAUGAGUGAUGAUGAAAAAGAGCCAAAGCACAAAGCAGAAGCCUGUGAUCAAAUGAUGUCCUUACCCAUUCCAGUAAAAUCUCCUGAUGGAAGAUCUGUGCAGAAUGAGGUUGAUGAGAAGCAGGACGGCAAUGAAUCUGAUGCAGUUGAUAUUGAAAAAGACUCACCUGAGGGACAUGAAGCUACAAUGAUGGUAACUGCUGAUACCAUUUCUGAUAAAGUUGGAAAAAAUGCAGAAGAGACAAAGCCUUUUUCACCUGAUUAUCAACAGCUCCAGGAGCGCAAAAACUAUAUAGGGAGUUUGUUUGAUGAAAGGGAAAGUGAAUUCAAAGAUAGCUCUAGGAACGAUCAGUUUGACAGCUCUGAUAGGCUAUCUAAAGGUAAACAUAAGAGGGGUCCCGAAUUGAAGAACAUUGAUGAGAAAUCUGAACGUGCAAAGAGGUUGAAAGCAGGAAACUCCGCUCGUGAAUCAUAUUCUCCGGGUACAGAUGUGCAAAUGUUUGGGAACUCUAGAAAUUUUUCUCCUUACGAAUUUACUGAAGACACUGGUAAGGGCCCCAAUACUCAAGUUGGGAAUAGAGCUGACAGACAAGGAAACUCCAAUCUUGGUUUCCAGAAAGGAUACAAUCGAGCACUGCCUGGAAAAUCUAGUUCAGAUUUACCACAAACAGGUCAAAGGUCCUUUGACCAAAGUCCUCUAGGAAACCCUUCCUAUCCAUUGGAAAAAUCAGAUCAACCUGGUGAAAAAAUAAGGCACAAUAGGAAACACUCAGGAAAGGACUUCCGUGCACGUGAAGUGUCUAAUGUGCCGGAAAAUAAAUCACAGAGAGAUGCUCAAAAUGGAGAUAUUUAUGCCACCGAGAAAAAAGUCCCCAGGAAUUCCAGGGAUGGAAGUAAUGGAAGUAAGCAGUCACUGUUAUCCAUGGAUUCUAAUUUCCAAAGACAAGGUGAAAUGGUUGGUAAGUUAAAGGAAGACCGACAAGGUACGCUGUCACAUUUGGGAACAUCGCCCAAGGAUAACAACAGAACUGGUGUUAAUAAAUCCCCUGCUGUUAAUGGGCGAGGUAUCUCACUUCAAAGAGAGCUUUCAGACUUGGAGUUGGGAGAACUUCGCGAGUCCACUCCUGAUGAAACCAUUGUUGCAAAGCAAUUUGAACGAAAAGGUUCGUUUAAGCACAUGGAAAACAAAGCAAAUACUUCAGAGGACGUGAAUUCAAAUAUUGCUAAAGUAAAACCUUCAUUGAAAGCAACUUUAGAUUCUGGAAGGCCAAUCUCAGUGUUAAGUUCAGGUUUUCCGAGCAAUUUGGAAAACACAAAUAAAAAGAAUGUAGAUUGUCAUUUUGAAGAAUCAACAAAGUCUCGUUCUAGAGUUAUGCAAACUCAAUCGCAACCUUUGAAAGCAGAUAACGCGGACAUUGGAUCUCAAAACAACUUGACAGAAAUGAGUACCAAAUUUAGAAAUAGUGAAUCCGGGGUGAGCCAUGGUAUUGAUUUGGAUGGUCGCAGGGAAAGCAACAGAAGAGUGCCAGCAAAUGGUUCUAAGCAAGGCACAAAACGUGGAAUGGUUUCCUCCCCUGUGAAAGAAAGUAAAAGACGAAGACCUAAUUCAGGUGAAGAGGUGCCUGAAGGAAGGAAGGGUUCAGUAUUUGUAGAUAGAAGUAAUGGUGACCAAAAGAAGAGAGAAUCCUCCUCAGACGAAAAUAGUUGCUCUUAUUCAAAGUUUGAAAAGGAGGAACCUGAAUUAAAGGGACCUAUAAAGACUUUCUCCCAAUAUAAAGAAUAUGUGCAGGAGUACCAGGAUAAAUAUCAGAGUUACCUCUCCUUGCACAAGAUUUUGAUGGAUUACAGGGAUGAGUUUAACAAACUAGGUGUUGAUUUAGAAAAUGCUGAAAGAAGUGGGAAUCAGGAUAGAUAUGAUGGCAUUGCAGCACAAAUUAUGGAAUCUUAUAGGCGAUGUGGAUCGAGACACAUGAGACUGAAGAAAAUAUUUCUUGUGAUUCAUGAAGAACUGCUGAGUGCCAAGCAAAGGAUCAAAGACUUUGCUGAUUGGUAUAGAGAUAGAGACUGAAAAUACAAGAGUACUAUAUUUAUUUACAUAAUAAAUUGAAACUUGCUUAUCAAGGCUUUAGAACUUUUGGGUUAUACAGGAAAGUACAUUUGUUAGAUGAAUUGUUGUGCAGAUUUGUCUGUGCACUAGUUUUGGUAGAACCGUAUAUUUGUGCAUAAAUAAAUGUAUUUUAAUUUAUGCAUAGGUCAGACAUUUCUUUGGCUUAGCCUUUUACAUCUGGAUAAAUGUUGUAUUGCUUUUCUUGUCAAACAAAUUUAGCUUGCUUCAACAUCCACAUUGUUGGAGAAUUUUGUGACUGACAUUUCAAGCUUUGUUGAACUUAUGUUUGGUCACUCACAUGGUCAUUUGUUGCCAAUAAAGUAAGGAAUUAUUAUUAUUAUU